GGAGGGCUGGCCCAGGCUGCGCUGGGCUCGGGGCGUGAGUCCUGCACCGGCGCUAGCGGAGGCCCCGGGACAGUCACUUGCGCCCGCCCGGGGACGGCGUGCGCCGAGGGACCCGGGGACCCCCGUCUGGGGCGGGGGCCACGCUGAGGCGCCGCCCACGCCGCGCUCCAGUCAGCCAGCGUCCUGGUCAUGGAGGACUGCAACGUGCACUCGGCUGCCAGCAUCCUGGCCUCAGUGAAGGAGCAGGAGGCCCGCUUCGAGCGGCUGACACGGGCAUUGGAGCAGGAACGGCGCCACGUUGCCCUGCAGCUGGAGCGUGCCCAGCAGCCUGGCAUGGGCAGCGGUGGUGUGGGCAGUGGGCAGCCCUUGUCGAUGGCCUGGCAACAGCUUGUCCUGCAGGAGCAGAGCCCAGGCAGCCAGGCCUCUCUGGCCAUGAUGCCAGAGGCGCCUGAGGUGCUGGAGGAGACAGUGACGGUGGAAGAGGACCCUGGCACCCCCACCUCCCAUGUGUCCAUCGUCACGUCGGAAGAUGGCACCACUCGUCGCACUGAGACCAAGGUCACUAAGACAGUCAAGACGGUGACCACUCGAACAGUGCGCCAGGUGCCCGUGGGCCCCGAUGGCCUCCCCCUGCUGGACGGUGGCCACCCACUGGGCCCCUUCACCGACGGCCCCCUGGACCGACACUUCCUGCUGCGCGGGGGUGGCAUGGCGGCCACGCUCUCCCGCACCUGCCUUGGCAGCGGGGGCGGCUUUCCUGACGAGCCCCGCGACGUCCCCAGCUAUGGCAGCCUGUCCCGUGGGCUGGGUGUGCGGCCUCCGCGCGGAGGCCCCCUGGGCCCAGGCCCCGGUGAUGGCUGCUUCACGCUGCCCAGCCGCCGGGAGGCCUUCCCCGCGGGCCCUGAGCCUGGGCCGCCAGCCGGCCGCUCCCAGCCCGAGCGGUUCCAGGCAGAGCCGUAUGGCUUGGAGGACGACACUCGCAGCCUGGCUGCUGAGGACGAGGGGGGCCCGGAGCUGGAGCCUGACUGUGGCACAGCCGCGCGGAGGAGGCCUGACUGUGGGCGGGGCCUGCGCACCAGGGCCUACGAGGACGUGGCAGGCGAUGGCGGUGAGCUGAUGGAAGAGCGGCCCCCCUUCCCAGCCACGACGGCACCCCUGGCCCAGCCGGAACAUGGCAGCCUGGGCAGCCUGGACCGGGCAGUACGGCGCUCUCCCUCGGUGGACAGUGCCCGCAAGGAGCCGCGCUGGCGGGACCCCGAGCUGCCCGAGGUGCUGGCCAUGCUGCGGCACCCCGUGGACCCCGUGAAGGCCAACGCGGCCGCCUACCUGCAGCACCUGUGCUUCGAGAAUGAGGGUGUCAAGCGCCGUGUGCGGCAGCUGCGGGGGCUGCCGCUGCUUGUGGCCCUGUUGGACCACCCGCGGGCAGAGGUGCGGCGCCGGGCCUGUGGGGCGCUGCGGAACCUCUCGUAUGGCCGGGAUGCUGACAACAAGGCCGCCAUCCGGGACUGCGGUGGUGUGCCUGCCCUGGUGCGCCUGCUGCGGGCCGCCCGUGACAGCGAGGUCCGCGAGCUCGUCACAGGCACACUCUGGAACCUGUCGUCCUACGAACCCCUGAAGAUGGUCAUCAUUGACCACGGUCUGCAGACGCUGACCCACGAGGUCAUUGUGCCACACUCGGGCUGGGAGCCAGAGCCCAACGAGGACUCCAAGCCACGGGACGCUGAGUGGACGACUGUCUUCAAGAACACAUCAGGCUGCCUGAGGAAUGUGAGCUCAGAUGGUGCAGAGGCCCGGCGGCGACUCCGUGAGUGUGAGGGGCUGGUGGACGCACUCCUGCACGCCCUGCAGUCAGCUGUGGGCAGGAAGGACACGGACAACAAGUCGGUGGAGAACUGCGUGUGCAUCGUGCGGAACCUCUCCUACCACGUGCACAAGGAGGUGCCAGGGGCUGACAGGUACCAGGAGGCCGAGUCCAGGCCCCCGGGCAGUGCCAUGGGUGCCCAGCGCCGGAGGAGGGAGGACGCCGGCUGCUUUGGUGGCAAGAAGGCCAAAGAAGAGUGGUUCCAUGAAGGGAAGAGGGAUGGUGAGAUGGAACGGAACUUUGACACUCUGGACCUACCCAAGCGGACUGAGGCUGCCAAAGGCUUCGAGCUGCUGUACCAGCCCGAGGUAGUGCGUCUCUACCUGUCCCUCCUGACCGAGAGUCGGAACUUCAACACUCUGGAGGCUGCGGCCGGUGCUCUGCAGAACCUCAGUGCCGGCAACUGGGUGUGGGCCACGUACAUCCGCGCCAUGGUGCGCAAGGAGCGCGGGCUGCCGGUGCUGGUGGAGCUGCUGCAGUCGGAGACCGACAAGGUGGUGCGCGCUGUCGCCAUCGCCCUGCGCAACCUCUCGCUGGACCGGCGCAACAAGGACCUCAUCGGUGAGGGCGGGGAUGGGGGUCUGGGGCCCGGGCCACCCGCUCCUCGCGGCCCCCCUCCUGCCGGCGCCGGAGCGUCCUCACAGCCCCUGCCUGCAGGGAGCUAUGCCAUGGCCGAGCUUGUGCGAAACGUGCGCAGCGCGCAGGCACCCACACAGCCUGGGGCCUGUCUGGAGGAGGACACAGUGGUGGCCGUGCUCAACACCAUCCACGAGAUCGUGUCUGACAGCCUGGACAACGCCCGCUCGCUGCUGCAGGCCCGCGGUGUGCCUGCGCUGGUGGCACUUGGCGCCUCCAGCCAAUCGGUGCGCGAGGCGAAGGCCGCAUCCCACGUGCUGCAGACGGUGUGGAGUUACAAGGAGCUGCGUGGUGCCCUGCAGAGGGACGGCUGGACCAAGGCACGCUUCCAGUCGGGUUCUGCUAAUGCCAAGGGCCCCAAGGCACCACCGAGUCCCGGAGGCUUGGACGAUAGCACGCUGCCGCUGGUGGACAAGAGCCUGGACAGCGAGAAGCCAGGCAGCCGAGACGUGAUCCCCAUGGAAGCACUUGGCCCAGAUGGAUACUCCGCCGUUGACCGGAGGGAGUGCAGGCCUCGAGGCAGUGACCCUGCAGGGGAGGCCUCUGAGAAGGAUUUGUUGAAAGGCCUGAGCCCAGCCGUUUGCUCUUAGGGUCUGAUCUUGGAAGAAGGGACCUCGGGGAAAGGACCUCCAGGCAGCCUGCGCAGACCCCGCCAUGGAGCUGGGAGCCCCGGGCGGUGGGGGUAGGCAGCUCCUCUUUCCCUGGAGCUGUGGGUUCUGGACACGACUGCCCUCCCGCCCUCGCUCCCCCCUUCUAACUCCCGGGCGAGUUAGUUUACUGAUAUGGUGCUUUGUGCCAGUGGGAGCCUGGCGGGACCCAGGGCCAGGCACCCGGCUUUGCUUUGGGGCUGCCGGGGCCCCUGAGGAGCUGGGUGGGGGUGGGGCCCUGGGGCCCCACAGCCAGGCAGGGAGGGGGCUCAGUGAAGGGAGUCUGAACCCAAGGGUGGAGGGGCUUCCCUGGGCCCUGAGUGGGGGGCGACCCACAGAGAGGCUUUGGAGGGCCCUGCCCACCCCCGGAUGCCUGGAGCGCCUUCCCUGCUCGGCUCUGGCCCCUGAGUAGCGCCUCUGGGACUGACCUUUGGCAGCAGUAGUGGGGGACUGCUGUUCAGUGCCUCCUGUUUGUGACUUAAAAACAAGAAAAACACUAAUGAAAACAAUUAAAAACAAAACCAAAAUGAGACUAUGGGUAAACAUCUAAAUUUUUGUAAGAAAAAUUAAAAAUUUAAAAUAACAACAAAGGAACCUCCUGUCUUCCGAGGCUCAGCUGUCUCCGUGAGCCG